AGUGGGCGCGUCCCCAAGGCCUGGGUGCUUUGCGUGCUUCCUUGCCAAUCCCGGGUAGCCCGCGAGGACUGCUGAGGCCGCAGGUCUGUGGCUGCGGGUCGGGCCGCGAGGGGUGGUUGGAAGAACAAUGCCUAUGAGUCUUUGACAUGAUGAUGUACAUCCGGCAAAGAAAAGAGACAAAACCCGUCGAAGUUGCUGAGGAUUUCCCGUCACCAAAAGAAGAUGUGAAGUUGGAAAAGAAAUUGCCAUCUGGUUGUGCCUCUGGAAGGUUCUGGAAGAUCCUGUCAUCUGCAGUUGGCGGAACCGUGGCCCUUUGCAUUGGACUUCUUACAUCCGUGUACCUGGCCACCCUACAUGAGAAUGAUUUGUGGUUUUCCAAUAUAAAGGAAGUAGAGCGAGAAAUCUCAUUCAGGACAGAAUGUGGACUGUACUAUUCUUACUACAAGCAGAUGCUGCAGGCUCCGACCCUCCUGCAAGGUUUCCAUGGCUUAAUCUAUGACAAUAAAACCGAAUCCAUGAGGACGAUCAACCUCCUUCAAAGAAUGAAUAUUUACCAAGAAGUUUUCCUCAGUGUUUUAUACAGAGUUCUCCCCAUACAGAAAUAUCUAGAGCCUGUUUAUUUUUAUAUCUACACUCUUUUCGGACUCCAAGCAGUCUAUGUCACAGCCCUUUAUAUAACCAGCUGGCUCCUUAGUGGCACCUGGCUGUCAGGCCUGCUGGCAGCUCUCUGGUACGUCACCAACAGAAUCGACACGACCAGAGUUGAGUUCACCAUCCCGCUGAGGGAGAACUGGGCUCUGCCUUUUUUUGCAAUUCAGAUUGCAGCAAUUACCUACUUCCUGAGACCAAACUUGCAGCCUCUUUCUGAAAGGCUGACCCUUUUUGCCAUUUUCGUAUCAACUUUUCUCUUUAGCCUGACAUGGCAAUUUAAUCAGUUCAUGAUGCUGCUGCAGGCGCUGGUGCUGUUCAUCCUGGACUCCUUGGACAUGCUGCCAGCCGUGAAGGCCACCUGGCUGUACGGCAUCCAGAUAAGCUGCCUGCUCCUCGUCUGCAUGCUUCAGUUUUUUAACUCCAUGAUCCUCGGAUCGCUGCUCAUCAGUUUUAACCUCUCAGUAUUAAUUGUAAGAAAACUUCAGAAGAACCUGAAGACUGGAACCUUCCUGACUAGGAUUUGGAAACUAUUGUUGCAUUUGCUUCUAGUUUUCUGCUUGACACUUUUUCUCAACAACAUUAUUAAGAAAAUUCUUAACCUGAAGUCAGACGAACACAUCUUUAAAUUUCUGAAGGCCAAGUUUGGGUUUGGAGCAACAAGGGAUUUCGAUGCAAAUCUCUAUCUGUGUGAAGAAGCCUUGCCUCCUGCCUCAACACAUUCCAAAGGCUCUCAGAGACGCUGCUUUUUUUACGCGUACAUGUUCGUCCUAUUGGUCACAGUGGUCACAGCGUCCGUUGUGGCCUUUCAUAAUCUCAGUGACUCCACAAGUCUGCAGCCCGUGGAUCAGACAAGAAAGCGUGUGGUUGACCUGAAGCCAGAAGCCGCAUACAACCUGAUCCACACCAUUCUGUUCGGCGUCUUGGCGUUGAGUACGAUGAGGAUGAAGUACCUGUGGACCUCCCACAUGUGUGUGUUCGCGUCCUUCGGCCUGUGCAGCUCUGAGAUCUGGGAACUGAUUCUGAGGCUGGUUCAUCUCUGCAACCCGAAGAGGAUCUGGGUCAUGCGGUACUCGGUGCCUGUCCUCACCCUGCUGUGCCUGUGCUGUAAGUCCUGGCCAGGAAUGAUGGAUGAACUCUCCGAGUUGAAAGAAUUCUAUGACCCAGAUACAGUGGAACUGAUGAACUGGAUUAACUCCAAUACACCGAGGAAGGCCGUGUUCGCUGGAAGCAUGCAGUUGCUGGCUGGAGUCAAGCUGUGUACAGGACGGACGCUGACCAACCACCCACACUACGAAGAUAAAAGUCUGAGAGAGCGGACCCAGGCGGUUUAUCAGAUAUAUGCGAAGAGGUCCCCAGAGGAAGUGCACGCACUCCUGAGGUCCUUCGGCACCGACUUUGUGAUCCUGGAAGACAGCAUCUGCUAUGAGCGCAGGCACCACAGGGGCUGCCGGCUGCGUGAUUUGCUGGACGUCGCCAAUGGGCAUGAGAUGGAUGGGCCAGGAGAGAGUGACCCUGACUUGAGACCUGCAGACCACCCUCGAUUCUGUGAAGAGAUUAAAAGGAACCUGCCGUCCUACGCAGCCCACUUCACUAGAGUGUUCCAGAACAAGACAUUCCAUGUCUACAAACUGUCCAGAAACAAAUAACCGUGUCCGUUCUUAAACCACAGUGCAUCGACAGCUGGUAGAGCCCGUGUCUGUGAGUCAGGAGCGAGACUUGAAUGCUGGGGUUGCAGACAGCCUGCAGACAAGUCUUGCUGCCAUGGGAUACGCCUUCUGCUAGCAUCAGCCUUCUCCGCCGUCCUGUCUGUCUUUUCUCUGAGUGUUCUUAGCCUCACGAGUGUACCUGGCCGAGGCUGGCCGGGGAUGCUGUCCCUGAGGGAGUGAUGUAUGACCCACUGGGUGGCCUGGAAAUGAAAUGCUGGUGGUUGCCAGUGACCCUGAGCCCUCUGUGAGCGAGUGGACCAGCUGCACACUUCAGUCACUGACCCUGCACCACUGAGACCGCUUGGUGGCUUUUUAACAGUUGAUUGUC